AUGUCAGUUUCAAAUGCCAGUAAAUCCAGCAAGGCUGGUACUUCCAGUUCAAUUAGUAGUGCUAGGCUCAAGGCAGCUGCUACUUUAGCAGGCCUUCAGGCAGAAGCCGCAAGCAGGAUAGCAUUGAAAGCCAUUGAAGAGGAAGAGUUUAGACUUGCUCAGCGUAAGCGAGACUGCGAACUCCAGCUGGAAAUUGCCAAGGUAGAGGCAGAGCAGAGGGCUCUGGGAGACAUUGAACAAUCUUCAAAUGAAGAGGAGCCUAAGCUAAGUUUACAUGGGUCGACGGCUGCAGAGAAGGUGGAUCAGUGGUUAACUGGUAACCCGCAGCCAUCUGCUCCAGUGCAGCCAUCAUCGCCCAUGGCAGCGAUUCCUUUGCAACGUGAGAUGAUUGACACGCUGCUCUUGCCGAAGUGUGAGCUGGUCAAGUUCAAUGGGGACCCUCUUGAAUACUGGAUCUUCAUCUCUAGCUUUGAUGCAGCUGUUGGCAACACCAGCGUUGGGGCCAGCGCCAAGCUAAAUCGCCUGUUCCAGUAUUGUUGCGGAGAGGCGCUGGCAGUUAUCAGAUGUUGUGCUGUCAUGCAGCCGGAUGAGGGCUACACAAAGGCAAGAGCAUUGCUACGUGAACACUUUGGUAACGAUUACAGGAUUUCGGAAACUUGGGUCAGUAAACUUACAGAGGGCCCGCGCAUCCUGCCAGGGGAUUGCAGAGGUAUCCAGAAGUUAGCUGACGAUCUUCGGAGUUGCACACUCACUCUGACAGCGAUGAAAAAGCUUGGAGAAGUUGACACUAAAAGGAGCCUUAGCCUCAUCGUAAAGAGACUGCCACAAUUCGUGCAGGGUAAAUGGCGUUCAAAAGCUGUGGGCAUUCUGGACAAGACUGGCCACUACCCCAAUGUUGCAGAACUUGCCAAGUUUAUCAGCAAAGUAGCUCGAGAGGCAAAUGAUCCUGUUUAUGGUUUGGAGGACCGGCACAGCAAUGAGAAAUCACCCAAGAAGAAGGGAUCCAACUAUAAUAUCCAAGCCACCAGUGAGGUCGACCACAGGUCUCGGGUUGGGACUGACUCGCCCAAGCGUCAAUGUGGCAAGAACGAAUUGGUGAAGAAGACAGCUUGUCCAUUGUGCUCUGGGGGACAUGCACUCGCGGCAUGCAACAACUUUGGUAAGAUGUCUCCUACUGACCGAGUCAAAGUGGCGAGUGAAAACAAGCUGUGUUUCAACUGUCUCUCCAGUAGGCAUUUUGCAAGGCAGUGUAAAGCAGCUCCCUGCGGUUUCCAAGGAUGUAGAGGAAAACACUCGAAGCUGUUACAUGGUGUAUUCCAGAGAGCGAAUUCUGAAGAUGGAGGUGCUCCUAAAGAAUCGCGUGAUGAUCAGAAAGUCGGAGCAACAAGUCUCGCUUGUGGGUCCAGUCAAGAACACUCCAAGAUAGCCCUACCAGUUGUCGCCGUGAUGGUGAGAGGUACGGGUAGUGGGGAGUGGCUCAAGACAAAUGCUCUUCUUGAUCCCGGAAGCAACAGGUCGUUCUGCACAAUGGAGUUAGUGAAAAUGCUGGGUGUAAAGGGCACCCCACAGUCUUUGUCUUUGGACACGUUGAACGAGAAUGCACAGGUUGAAACAGUUGUGCUUUCGUUGGACGUGUCUGGAACUGUCGGCAAGGCCCAUACCAGAAAGUCUUUCUGCAUACCAGAGAUUCACGCUCUGAAAGAGUUCCCGACUCUGCGAGAUUCCUGCGCUACCUUUGAAGAUGUGAGGAAGUUCAAACACUUGAGAGACAUUCCUGUUCCAUGCGUGGCUAAAGAUGGUGUAGCGAUUCUCAUUGGACAAGAUGCCCCACAGGCCCUGGUUCCAUUAGAGGUGAGGCGUGGUGCGGAAGGCGAACCCUACGCAGUCAGAACCUGCCUUGGAUGGACGGUGAAUGGACCGUUAGCCAGUGGGAGUCCAGCAGCAGCAGUGUCCAACUUUGUUCAAGGCGGCCUUGAAGCUCAGGUUGAGCGAUUUUGGAAGCUCGAUACUGCAGACCUAUCAGAUGACAGAACCAUGUCACUGGAUGACAAGAAGGCAGAGAAGACAUGGAAUGACUCAGUCAAUCUUGUCGAUGGCCACUACCAGUUAGACAUACCAUUCAAGUCGGACACUCCCGAUUUGCCUGAGAACAGGAUUGUUGCAGAAAGGCGCUUGCAAUCCCUUGCCAAGCGGUUUACCAAGGACCCCGGUUUGCACUCAAGAUACUGUGCAGAGAUACAAAAUCUGUUGAGCAGAGGGUUUGCUGAGAGGGUGCCUGAGCACGAGCUGGCAUCAUCAACGGGACGAACUUGGUACUUACCUCAUCACUGUGUUCUGAACCCCAACAAGCCCGAAAAGCUUAGAGUUGUGUUCGAUUGCGCUGCCAGAUGCUGUGGUACUUCGUUAAACGACAGAGUAUUACAGGGGCCGGACAUGAUGAAUAAGUUAGUUGGAGUCCUUACCCGAUUCCGAGAGCACAAAGUUGGAUUGAUGGGAGACAUCGAGCAGAUGUUUCAUCAGGUUGGAGUCUCCAAGGAACACAGAGAUGUGUUACGAUUCCUAUGGUGGCCUGAAGGGGAUGCUACUCGACCUCCUGAAGUGUUUCGUAUGACAGUCCACCUUUUCGGAGGGGUAUGGAGUCCGAGUUGCUCUGCAUUUGCUCUUCGGCGAACGGCAGAUGACAACGAGGAUAUGUUCAGCAGUGAUGCAGUCCAGGCGGUAAAAGAGAACUUCUACGUUGAUGAUCUUCUUAAAUCCUUCAAGUCGGAGGAUGAUGCAGCAUUAAUGGUGAAGCAGCUGACACACCUUCUAGCUAAAGGUGGCUUCCACUUGACUAAGCGGAUCUGCAGUAGCAGAAAGGUCAUGGAUUCCGUACCGACGGCUGAAAGAGCCAAGACAGUCACCGACUUGGACCUUGAUCAUGAACGUCUUCCUGUGGAAAGGGCCUUGUUAGUACGUUGGGAUACCGAAAGUGAUCAGAUUGGAGUCAAGAUAAAGUCGAGGCGAGGAUGUCACACUAAGAGAGGUCUGUUAAGCAUUCUGAGCUCCGUUUACGAUCCUCUUGGGUGCGUGUGUCUAUUUGUUCUGUUAGCCAAGCUCAUGUUCCAAAAUGAGUGUAGAAUAGUUGGGAAGGGCUGGGAUGAGCCAUUGGAAGUCAGUACGCAAGAUCAGUGGACCAGGUGGCUGGAUGAUCUUCCCAAGCUGGAGCAGUUUUCUGUUGAUAGGUGUCUGAUUCCUGGUGAUUUUGGAAUUGUUGAGGAAUGUCGUUUGCAUCAUUUUGCUGACGCUUCACAAGAUGCCUAUGGCUCCGUUUCUUUUGCCCGCUUUGUCAACACUGAUGGUGAUGUUCACUGCAGCUUUCUGAUGGGCAAAUCACGACCCGCACCGUUGAAAACCAUGACUAUCCCUAGACUAGAGCUAUCUGCUGCAGUUAUUGCAGUGAAGAUGGACCAGAUGCUCAGAAGAGAACUAAGGGUUCAGGUGAAAGGGUCAACAUUCUGGACAGACAGUACGGUGGUACUCCAGUACAUAAGUAACCAAUCAAAGCGUCUCCAAACGUUUGUUGCAAACAGAGUUGCUACAAUUCAUGAUGGAUCUACCGCCAGUCAGUGGAGAUAUGUCAAUACACAGCAGAAUCCUGCUGAUGAUGCAUCUAGGGGGCUCGAUGCCCAGAGUAUGCUUGACAAGAUAAGAUGGAGAAAGGGUCCUGAUUUCUUGUGGCAGACUGAGGACAGUUGGCCUGUGACUCCACAAAUUCCUAGUCUGCAGGAAAAGGACAAGGAAGUGAGAAAGGUAGCACUGUCCCGAGCCGUAGAUGUCGUUGAUCAGGAUGACCCCAUUCACAGGUUGAUCAGCAGAUACUCAUCUUUGUAUCGUCUCAAAAGGGGGGUCGCAUGGGUGCUCCGCUUCAUAAAGUGGCUGCGACUCCAUAGGCCCAGGAAUUUGGAUAAUGGAGAUAAGGGAAACCAGAGGUUGACUGUGGGUGAACUGCAAGAUGCGGAGCUGGCCAUAAUCAGGAGCGUUCAGAGAAGGCACUACAAGAAGGAGUUCCGUGAUUUGUUGGCGGGAAAGAUUUCGGUGCAGAGACAGAGUCAUGUGUAUAGUCUCGAACCGUGCGUAGAUGACCAUGGUGUAUUGAGGCUUGGUGGUAGACUGCGACACUCUCCAGUUGGGCCCACUUGCAAGCAUCCAGUGAUACUACCUCGUGAUAGUCAUCUGGCCACUUUGAUAGUUCGUCAUGCACAUGAAUUGCUAUCUGGCCAUUCGGGCAAAGAGCAUGUGCUCUCUGUGAUAAGACGACAAUAUUGGGUUCCCAAGGUGCGACCUUUGAUCAACCGCAUUUUGAAGGAGUGCGUGCUCUGUAGAAAACUUCGGGGACUUCCUGGCGUUCAACGCAUGGCCGACCUACCUGCCUACAGAGUGACUCCAGGCAAACCACCGUUCACCCACGUUGGGGUUGAUUGUUUCGGACCGUUUCAUGUCAAACGAGGGAGGAGCAGGGAAAAGCGAUAUGGCUGUAUUUUCACCUGUAUGCGAAUCAGAGCAGUCCACCUGGAGAAGCUACACUCUCUAGAAACUGAUUCGUUCCUCAAUGCCUUCCUAAGGUUUGCGGCAAGGCGAGGAACCCCGGAGAAAAUCUAUUCCGACAACGGGACUAACUUUGUUGGAGCAGAAAGGGAGCUAAGGGCAGCUAUCGAGCGUCUACAGGAAAGCAAACAGACGGAGAGUUUCUUUCUCAGCAGAAAGGUCGAAUGGCAGUUUAACCCGCCAGCGGCCUCCCACAUGGGAGGCGUUUGGGAGCGCCAGAUUCGUACCUGCCGGAAAGUUCUGAGUUCACUUCUGCGUGAUGAGGUGCUUGAUGACGAGAGACUUGACACAUUGUUCUGCGAAGUGGAGUCUAUCGUAAAUGACCGACCCAUCACAGCAGUCUCCGACGAUCCGAAAGAUCUCGAACCCCUUACUCCCAAUCAUCUGUUGAAGCUUGGACAUGGGCAUCCAGUUCCACUCCGUGACUUGAAAGCAACUGACCAGUAUGGGAAGCGAUGGAAACGCGUACAGUUGCUGGUUGAAAGGUUCUGGAAGCGUUGGACUGCAGAGUAUCUUCCCACGCUUCAACGCAGACAACGUUGGCUUGAGCCACAAGCCAAUUUCAAGGCUGGUGACCUGGUGUUGGUCAAGGAUGACAAUCUGCCCAGAAGUCAGUGGCCUCUAGCGAGGAUUUUGAAGACCUUCCCUGGAGCCGACGGUCUGGUUAGGAGUGUGGGAGUACGGACAGCCACUGGAAAUCAUGUCAGGCCAAUCACCAAACUGUGUCUGUUAGAAGGUGUUAAAGACUAG